AUGGCUUCCCCCGCUCCACCCGUCACCAAAGAGGUCCGCCGCAAGGUGCUCAAGGUGCUGUUUUUCUCGCUGUUGCUGGACCUGAUUUCCUUUACCUUCAUCCUUCCGCUGUUCCCGAAGCUCCUCGAGUUCUACCGCGACCACGAAAUCGCCAAUGCCUCGUCCAACACCGUGCUCAACCGCGUGCUCUCCGGCCUGAACGCCUACAAGAACGCCUUCGCAAAGCCCAUCAACGACCGCUACGACAUCGUCCUCCUCGGCGGCGCCCUGGGCUCGCUCUUCUCCUUCCUGCAGGCCAUCGCCUCGCCCAUCAUCGGCAAGCUCUCGGACAAGUACGGCCGGCGGACGGCGCUGCUGUGGUCCAUGACGGGCAACAUCCUGUCCGUCGCGCUGUGGGUCGCCGCGACCGACUUCCGCACCUUCCUGGCCUCGCGCGUCGUCGGCGGGCUGAGCGAGGGCAACGUGCAGCUGGCCAUGGCCAUCGCGACCGACAUCAGCGACGACGCCCAGCGCGGCGCCACCAUGGCCCUGGUCGGCGCCUGCUUCAGCAUCGCCUUCACCUUCGGCCCCGCCCUGGGCGCCUGGCUGUCCACCAUCACCACCGUCGCCGCCAACCCCUUCGCCACCGCCGCCGGCUUCUCGCUCUUCCUCAUCCUCACCGAGACGCUGUACCUCUACUUCGCCCUGCCCGAGACCCUGCCCGUCGUGUCGUCCUCGGACAAGGCCACCGCGAAGCCGACAGCCAACGGCAACGGCAACGCCAACGCCAACGCCAACGCCAACGCCACGGCCACCAAGCCCGAGACCGAGACCACCACGGCGACUCCCCGCGCCCGCACCAACUCGCACGCCCUGCUCAACUUCACGCACUUCGCCUUCAUCCUCUUCUUCUCGGGCAUGGAGUUCUCGCUGCCCUUCAUGACGUACGACCUGUUCGCGUACGGCUCGCGGCAGUCGGGCCGCCUGCUCGGCUUCAUCGGCCUCGUCGCGUCGGUGCUGCAGGGGUCCGUCACGCGCCGGCUGCACCCGCUGCGCGUCGUGCAGACGGGCGUGCUCAGCUGCGCCGUCGGCUUCUUCCUGCUCGGCCGCGUCACCACCGAGAAGGGCUUGUACGCCGCGGCGGCGUGCUUGGCCGUGACGAGCGCGACCGUCGUCACGGGUUUGAACAGCUUGAGCAGCUUUGAGGCGAGCAGCGGCGAGAGGGGCGGCAAGUUGGGGAAUCAUCGCAGUUGGGGUCAAAUUGGUCGUUCCCUUGGCCCGCUGAUUUUCUGCUCUCUGUACUGGUGGGCUGGUCGUGAGUUUGCUUACGCUGUCGGUGGAGCUGGCAUGGUUGGUGUGUGCGGGCUGGUAUUGGGUGCAUUGAAGGCGCCGCCCGGGACAGAGGUUAAGAGGAAGAGUAAGGAGCAGCCCGCAGCGGGAGCGGAGAAGGUUGUGAACGGUAAUUAG